GGAACACUAGCUAUCCCCUGCCAAAGUUUCUAUCAAGAUCACGAACCACUCAAGAUGCAGAGGAUAGUGGUUAUCGGAACAGGCUUUGCCGGAAUGUGGAGCGCCCUCGCUGCCAUGCGGUUGAUAGACCUCAACGGAGGGAAAGCUGCCGGUAUUGAAGUGACUGUAGUAUCACCAGAGCCAACACUAGUCAUACGUCCACGAUUGUACGAACCAGACGCAAAAAGCAUGAGUGCUCCACUUGAGGAUCUAUUCCGUGUCACAGGUAUCCAGUUUGUCAAAGGCACCGUCGAGACAAUCUGCGUUCCGCAACGCCUGGUGAAGAUUGUGGACCAGGCCGGAGUGUGCUCAACCCUUUCCUACGACCGGCUCGUGCUGGCAGCCGGCAGCCACUUGAGACGUCCGAAUAUCCCAGGGCUUCGUGAGCACUCAUUCAGCAUCGACCAAAUCGGCGAAGCGGCAGAGUUUGAGGCUCAUCUGCACAGUCUGGCCGCGCGUCCUCCUAGCCCGGCUCGCAAUACAGUUGUCAUCGGAGGCGGCGGUUUCACGGGUAUUGAGAUCGCAGCUGAGCUUCCAAGCCGCUUACGUUCGAUCCUCGGUCAGGAUGCGGAGGUUCGCGUCGUCAUUAUCGAACAGGCAACCGAAAUUGGGCCCGAACUAGGAGCCAACCCACGACCAGUUAUUGUCCAAGCUCUCGCAGAGCAAGGGGUAGAAACGAAGCUGGGGGAGGCAGUUAUGUCAGUGGACGACAAAGGUGUGGUGACUACCAGCGGCGAGCGCAUCGAUUCCCUCACGGUCCUCUGGACGGCCGGAGUAGAAGCUACCCCGUUGACCCAACAAAUACCAGGCGUGAAAGACAAACUUGGUCGUCUCCACGUCGAUGCAGAUCUGCGUGUCCCAUCCGCGAAGGAGAUCUUCGUCGCAGGUGAUGCAGCCUUGGCUGAGACAGAUAACAACGGCCACUAUGCAAUGAUGUCCUGUCAGCAUGCCUUGCGCCUUGGCCGCUUUGCCGGACACAAUGCUGCUGCUGAUCUGCUGAACGUUGCGGCGAAACCCUACUCUCAACCUACUUAUGGAACGUGCCUUGAUCUGGGGCCAUGGGGAGCAGUUGUCACUGAGGGUUGGGAGCGCACGGUUAGGUUCAAAGCAUCCGUGGCUAAACCGAUAAAGGAGAACAUUAACCGCGUCGUGAUAUAUCCACCUAGUGCGAAUCGUGCUGAAGCGUUUGCUGCUGCUGACCCGGAGUGCCCUGGUCCCGUUUUGACUUAAUAUUGCC